AUGAAUCGUUCUCCACCAAAUCGUGCAUGGAUGUACGAUAGGUGUCAUAGAGGAAGAGGUGCUUUGAAAGAGUCUUUUGUAUUAGGUGUUGAAGAGUUUAUAAGUAAAGCUUGUGAACAAGAACGUUAUCGUAGAGAUGGGGGUCUUCGAUGUCCAUGUUUGAAGUGCGAUUGUACAAAGAUUCUACACGAAAGAGUUGUGAAGGUUCACCUUUACAAGAACGGUUUCAAGCCUAAUUAUUUCAUUUGGGAGGAUCAUGGGGAAAGAUUGCCAGAAGAUGAUGUACAAAAUCAUCAAAGUUGGAUGGCUGUAGAGAUGGAAUGUGGUCAAAUUAACCAAUUUCAAACAAUGGAAGACAUGGUGCAUGAUGCUCUUAGGCAAAAUGAGUCGUGCCAAGCAUCUACUUCUAAUAACAUUGAAGAGGCUCCGAAUGAAGAAACACAAAGGUUUUUUAAUUUUUUGUUGGAUGCAAACCAGCCGUUGUAUGGAGGAGCAUCAGACUCGAAAUUAUCAAUGUGUGUCAGACUAUUAGCUUGCAAGUCAAAUUGGAAUAUUCCUAACCAAUGCAUAGAUUUUAUUGCAAAAAUGGUUAUGGAUGCAACACCCAUCAAAUCAGGUUUUCCUAAAACAUACUACGAUGCAAAAAAGUGUGUAUCAAAGUUGGGAUUACAAUCGCAGAGGAUUGAUUGUUGCGUGGAUGGUUGCAUGCUCUUCUAUGAUAAUGAAUAUGGUAAGAAUGAUGGCGCAUUGCUUGAAUGCAAAUUUUGUGGAAAGCCAAGAUAUCAACCACGUAACACGGGAGCAACUACUAGCAAACAAGUUCCUAUGAAAUCAAUGUUCUAUUUGCCAUUAAUUCCCAGACUACAAAGAAUGUAUGCCUCAACACAAACUGCAGGACAAAUGACAUGGCACUAUCAGAACACGUCGACGAAUGGUGUUUUGCGUCAUCCAUGCGAUGGAGAGGCUUGGAAGCACUUUGAUAGAGUAUAUCCAGACUUUGGUAUCGAGCCACGCAAUGUUCGACUCGGUUUAUGCUCUGACGGUUUUAACCCAUAUGUACAGGCAUCAAAUAUACCAUAUUCAUGUUGGCCAGUUAUUGUAACUCCUUAUAAUCUUCCUCCAGAAAUGUGCAUGUCUAAACCUUACAUGUUCUUAACAUGUCUCAUUCCCGGGCCAUUCAAUCCAAAGGUUGGCAUAGAUGUGUACUUAGAGCCCUUGAUAGACGAAUUGAAGAAGUUGUGGACGGGUGUCAUAACAUAUGAUAUUUCAAGGAAACAAAACUUUAUUUUGAGGGCCAUGCUAAUGUGGACAAUUAAUGAUUUUCCUGCUUAUGGUAUGUUGUCCGGCUGGAGCACUCAUGGUAAAUUGGCAUGCCCACAUUGCAUGGAGCAUACAAAGGCUUUUAGAUUAUAUCAUGGGGCAAAAAAUUCAUGGUUUGACUCUCAUCGGAGGUUUUUACCGAAAGACCAUGCUUUUAGGAGGAAUAGGAAUGCUUUCAAGAAGGGGGAAGUGGAGAUGGAUGACGCACCACCAUAUCUUACAGGACCAGAAGUUUGGAAUAGAAUCAAUGGUUAUCCUAAAAUAACUGAAAAUGGUGCGGCAAGAAUUGAUGGAUACGGUGAGUGGCAUAAUUGGACGAAAAAAAGCAUCUUUUGGGAUUUACCCUAUUGGAAGGAUAAUUUGUUAAGGCAUAAUCUUGACUUCAUGCACAUUGAAAAAAAUUUCUUUGACAACAUCUUUAAUACUGUGAUGAAUGUUGCGGGGAAGACAAAAGACAAUGACAAGGCCCGAAUGGAUAUAGGUUUGUACUGUAGACGAAAAGAUUUGGAGCUAAAAAGUCAUAGCAAUGGAAACAUGUAUAAGCCAAAAGCAAAUUAUACACUAUCAACAGACCAAAUAAAACAAGUCUGUCAUUGGGUAAAAGGUCUUAGGAUGCCUGAUGGAUAUUCUUCUAACUUGUCAAGGUGUGUUGAUGUGAAUAGGGGAAAGCUCAUUGGGAUGAAAAAUCAUGAUUGCCAUGUGUUUAUGGAAUGCUUACUUCCUAUAGCGUUUAGUUCUUUACCGGCUCAUGUUCUGAAUCCCAUUACAGAGAUAAGUCAUUUCUUUAGAGAUUUGUGUUCUACAACAUUGAACAAGGAUGACCUGGCGAAGAUGGAAGAAAACAUUCCCAUCAUUCUGUGCAAGAUGGAGAGAAUAUUUCCUCCCUCAUUCUUUGAUUCUAUGGAACAUCUCCCUAUCCAUCUUCCAUAUGAGGCACGACUCGGUGGACCAGUCCACUAUAGGUGGAUGUACCCAUUUGAAAGGUACCCAUAUGACAUGUUAUUGUUCAAUUUACCAGGCAUAAUUCAAAAACCCUAACACAUCAAUUUCAAAUUUGUAGGUUCAUGGGAUAUGCUAAACGUUCAGUAAAGAAUAAGGCUAGGGUUGAAGGAUCUAUUUGCGCAUCAUACUUACACAGAGAAACAACUCAUUUUUGUUCCCACUAUUUCAAAAACUUCAUGUUAACACCACAAAGCAAUAGAAAUGAAGUAGACAUUGAAAUAGAAAGCUUUACGACAACAUUAUCAGUGUUUAACCAACCUGGCCGUCAUUCUGGAAGGGAAUCAACACAUUGGUUAAGUGAUGAAGAAUUGAGAUCAGCUCAUGUUCAUGUAUUGAUCAAUUGCAAUGAAGUUGAACCUUACCUUCACUCAUUCUUACAUGUCUAUCAACUAUCUGAGUCAAACAGUUCGAC